GAAGAAGAAGAAGAAGAUGGUCUGCUUAAGAAAAACAACACAAAAACAAGUGCAGCGGAAGAAGCUGCUGCUGCUGCAAAAGCUGCAGCUGCUGCAGCUUCUGAUGUAGCCCGUACAAGCCAGCAGAUGUUGAUAUCAAAAACUGAAGAGAAGAGAUGCUUUGAGGAGCUUAUCAAUAUGUUAAAUGCACAAGUUCGUGAGAUGAAGUCAAUGAGUAAUGCCAUGCAGAAACUGGAAGGGCAGAGUACCGUGCAUGGAAGAAUUUCUGUUGAACAAGAUGAUCAAAGGGUCUCACAGAGGAGUUCAAGGGUACCUUAUGUCAAUGGCAAGAUGAAUGACGAUCCACAUUCAGUGAGAUCUUUGUCUCCGCCCGCUUCUGUGGAACCAUCUGUUGCUCCACACCCAAAAUCAUAUAUGGAGAUAAUGGCUAUGAUUCAGAGAGGGGAGAAGCCAUCCAACAUUAGAGAGAUCAAUGAUGCACCUCCAAAUCCUAAUCAACCAGUAUCAAAUCCUCGUUUAGCACCAAGGGCUAAGCCUUGGGAGGUUGGUCAAGCUCAGAACAGCUCCAGCAAUGCUCUUCAGUUACAAGGAAGUGGUGAUGCCUUAUAUCGCGAGUUCCGUGAAAAUCAGUCAAUUGCAGACAAUAAAGUGCCUCGGUGGGAACAGAAAAAUGACCGGAUCACUGAAAUUGAAGCAGGUGAUGAAGAGAGGUUUGGAUAUUCCAAUGUAGUUAGCAAUGAGCGCCCACUUAAGAGGUCGUGGGUUCCUCCCCAGCCACCACCUGUAGGUAUGCAAGAAGCAGCUGCAGCCAUUCGUCAGCCGAAGAAGACAUUUCAUUCAAAUGAACAAUUGACUGAUGACCAAUUGAUGGCUCGUUCUUCAGAUGUAACGGAUGAGUUGCACCGGAUCACGAGAAUCUCUGAAUCAGGUGGAGUAGUGAAUGCCAAUGGAGGAAGUUCAGAGCUUAACUCCAGUGAGAUGCAGAGAGAAGAAGACAACUCGCAUUUUGAAACAUGAUUAACUGAGUGACACUAUUUUGCAUUGAUAUCGGGUACAUAUGUCACUUGGUAAUACAUAUUACAACAAUAAUCGAAGAGAUCGCGAAAAAAUGUUAUGUUGAUCUGUGCAUUUGUAUUGUUUAGUCGGAGAAGAUCAAAUACACUAUGGAAGUGAUCUAAAGUAACUUGAGAUUAUAUA